AUGCACAACAUUCUCACAGAAGCUGCAACAAGGAAUGCCGAUUCCAUCGCUCUGGUGUGCCCACACUAUCCUUCGGACUUAUAUACAUUCUCAAGCCAAUCGGAGGAAUACAAGUCGCAACCAUACUUACGAUGGACUUACCGUCAUCUCCAGCAAGUAUCACACACUGUUGCAGCAGGACUCUACCAAAAAGGAACACGUCCUGGAAUGACAAUCGCCAUAUUCCCUGUUGUCGGUGCAGAGUUUCAGAUCAUCGCUAGAGCUGCAUGGGAACUGAGAUGUACGUUGGCUUCCAUCGACCCAGCAUCUAUCAGUAAUCCGAAUGAGUUGCAACAUAUGCUGAAGUGCUCAAAUCCAAGUGUCGUCCUUGCACCUACGACCGAACUAGCAGAGAAGCUUGACAAGAAUGCCGAGAACACUCUACACGAACAUGUGCUCAAGUUCGUCACCAGUCACCAGCAAACGUCUUGUCCGAAUGGCUGGUCAACCUUCCAGGAACUGUUCAGCUUUGGUCAAGAACACCAGGAUCUGGACUUUUCUCAAAUCGAACAUGAAUUGGAUGAUGAGAUUUUAGUCAUUUUCACGAGUGGAACCACAUCUCUACCCAAAGGCUGCGUUCACACCAACACUUCCAUGUCAACAUCAUGCUUAGCGAAAAAGAACUUGGGACAGGCAGCCGAUUACUGGCCGGUGGUAUCUGCACACGGCCCCUUGUUUCAUGCCAUCGGAAUCAUGAUCGCCCUCCACGUCCCUCCAUGCACUAUCGUCCACCCUUCUGGAAGCUUUGCUCCUGGUGCAUUACUGGAAGCCAUACAGAACGAAAAGAUAACAUACAUGUGUCUUGUACCUGCGAUGUUGAAUCUACUGGCCGAGCAUCAGAAUCUGCCAAUUACAGAUACUUCGAGUCUGGAGAUGAUCCACAUGGGUGGUGGAAAUGUGCUCUCGCGACACAAUCAAGAUUGCGUCAAUGUCCUGAAGUCGAAGAAGGCGCAUACGAUCUAUGGCAUGUCGGAGUGUUGGAGUCCGACGUGCUAUCAUGUUGAUCAGAUUCCCGACCUGAAGAGGUCAGAUGUCGGAUGUGGUGUUGUUAUGGCGGGUUCUAUGUUGAAGGUAUGCGCACCAGACUCUACUACCGCACUCAAGAGGAACGAAGCUGGCGAAUUGCAUAUGGGAGGCCCGCAAAUCUUGAAAAAAUACAUCGGAGCAAAGAGUCAGCCGUUCUACGAGGAUGAAGAUGGCAGAUGGUUCCCUACUGGUGAUCAAGCCACUAUGAAUCAGGAUGGUGAAUUUUUCAUUGUUGGAAGAUAUAAAGAGUUGAUCAUCAGAGGUGGACACAAUAUCGCACCCACUGCUAUUGAGAAGGUCCUUAGUGCCUAUGGUGGCAUCCAAAGCCAGGUAGUCGGCAUAGAAGAUGAGACUGCAGGAGAAGUGCCUAUCGCCGUAGUCCGUAGCCAGGGCCUCUCACAAGUCGACUUGGACCUUCUGAGACGCACCACAAUCGAGAAACUUGGUUCUGCUUAUGCUCCAGAAAUGAUCCUGACGCUCAAGGAUUUAGAUUUGGACGACUUCCCCAAGACAACGUCUGGCAAACUUCGCAAACAGACCCUACAACCUCUUGUACAGAAAUAUGUCGAUGCGCAACGAAAGGGUGAUAGCGACACUGAUGGGAACCUGAUGGAGAAACUCUGCAGCGUGUGGUCAAAAGCCUUGAAUCACAAAAGCAUCAAAACUCAGGACAUAAUCACGGAUAUGGCGGAUAGCUUGGUGCUUUCUCGAGGACGAACGUUCCUUCGCAGAGAUCUAGGCAUCAAUAUCACCGGUGAAGAAAUCCUCGAGCAUAACACGGUGGCAAAACAAGCCAGAUUGUUGGCCUCUAGAACCGGGACGAAUGGAGGUCAAGAUUACAAGGAUCUCCAGACCACUCGUGAAGGUCCGCCGCAGCUCAAUGACAUGAUCCACACAUUUGGGUCGGAAGAAAGAGCCACCAUGACGAGGGAACAUUGCGAGCCUCUGUUACAACCGCUUGGGCUUUCUUGGGCCGAUGUUGAGGAUGUAUAUCCAAUGCCUGAUAUGAUGAACAUCUGGGCACAUCCCUUACGCAAACAAUCAGUCAAUCAUCGACAUGCUUUUGUUGUAGACUCUGACAACGUGCAACAAGUCCAGAAGGCGCUUGAGAAGGUCUUAAACGUUCACAACUCAUUGCGCAGCAUUAGUGUCGACAUUGAUCCGGAGAUUACUUGCUACGCAAUCCUGCGUGCGUCGACCAAAUUCUUCUCUAAUUGCAUCUUGACCUUCGAAAAGCCUGUCAAGACAGCCAAAGACCUACAAAGCUUCUUGUUAAAUGACGGGCAAUAUGAUUUUGCUGGUCCUCCAGGUUUGCUCAAUAGAUUCUACUUGGUGCCGAUCGAGGAUACGCAGAAGAUAGGCUUGUUGUUCCUAGGCCAGCAUUCUUGCUUCGACGCACUGAGCAGUCUGCCAUUCUACGAAGACCUCGACAAAGCACUUUCUAGUGAGAAGGAAACAGUAGCCCAGCGUGUGCCCUUCAAGUUAUGGGCAGAGCAUUACUUCUCUGGCAGGACGUCCUUAACUGCCAAACUUGGAGUUGAGUACCACGUCAAGCGCCUCACCGGCAUAUCAAAGUCGGAGAGCGCCUUGUUCCCCCGUCAAAAAGCGGCAGAGUGGUUCAAAGGACACCACUUUGGUUGGAAGCCUGAUCCGACAGUGCAUAAAGACCAGGGUAUGAUCGACGCCCGUCUCAAACAACAAUCACACAUUGGUGUCGAGGGCAAAGCAUCAGUGAUUUACACUCCAGAUCUGAGCAAUCUCAAGAAAACCCAUGGCCUUGAUGCAGCAAUUGUGCUCAAGGCCGCAUUGAGUCUCGUCAACACUGGCGAAACCGGUGCGACGGAAGCACUUUUCGCAUCUUACCAAGCCGGUCGCAGCUGGCCUUUUGUGGCACUGUGGAUGCAAGAACGUCUGCCUCCUGCCAUGGACAUCGCCGGACCUACCCUCCAGGUCGCCAUCGAGCGCAUCAACACUUCCAAACCUCAAAGCGUCAUAGACUUUUUGAAACACCUCACAUCCGAGCAAGAAGAAUUAACCAAACACGUUCACGCACCUUUACUCGCCAUCCGUGAUGCUUUAUCUACCGCCGACGCGGAAACCAUGGAACAGGUCAGACGACGUCAAAUCUUCAACUGGCUGCCCAGAUCUUCAGGUCUAGACGAAUACACCAAUCUGAACAGAGUGCAACUUUGGAGCCGCACCGAUGUUGGCAUACUUUGGAACUGCACGGCUAUUGAUGGUGAUGAGGUCAAGAUCCAUGUCAGCUGGGACGAUGCGCAAUUGAAUGAAGACGAGAUCGACAAACUCUUGAGCAAGUUUGGAGGAAUGGUGGAAAUGUUGUCGGCAGAGACGAAUUGGGAAAAGGAUGUGAAUGAUCUGGUUAGGCACAUGUGCAUCACCCUUACAUGAGAAAAAGCAUACCAAUCAGUGCCAAGUGAUGGCAUCUGACGGCGAUAGGAUUCGUGGAAACGGUACACACUCAAAUCCAGCCAUCACCUUUUCUUAUCAGAGUUUCUAGAGGAGAAAAUAGAAGGUACAAAAAGUAACAGAGUUGGAGGAUGCAAGUCGAAAAAGGGUCCAGUCUGUUACUCGGCCG